AUGUCAGUCACACAUGUCUUCAAAGUCGUAGACGGCCUCUCACUCGAGAUCGACGCCCUCUCCCCACCAACCAAAGAUGAAAACGCUCCCGUCGUCCUGCACUUCCAUGGAGGCUUCCUAUUCCUAGGCGAAAAAACAACCUUCCCACCCCACUGGUUGAUAAACGCCUGCCAAAAACGAGGUUGGACAUACGCAACAGCCUCCUACCGCUUGCUACCCGAAGCCCCAGGCCUCGAAAUCCUGCAAGACGCAAUAGACGCCGUAAACUGGGUACAUACGAACAUCAGCAAGCGCGUAAUCAUCGCCGGCUCCAGCGCAGGCGGAUAUCUGGCGCUCGCUGCUACUGCGCACCCCGCUACACCGCGGCCUCUUGCUCUGCUCUCCAUUUACGGAAUGAUGGAUUCCUCCAGUGAGCGGUAUAUCAAUCCUGGUCAGCCGCUUGUUGCUCCUGUCGAGGAUGAAGCAGGCGCUUUGAAGGAAGUUGAGGAUGCUAUGCGGGAUGAUGCUAUUGAUGGGUAUGCGUUUCCGACAAAUCCGCCUGCUGAUCGUCGGUUUGGGUGGAUUAAGGCUUUGCAUCAGGCGGCGCAGUAUCCAGAUGUGAUUACGAGGAAGGCUGGGUUGGCAGCGAGGAUUGCUGAUGAGGGGAUUGGGGCGAUUUCGGUGGAGGAUCGGGCGCUUUUCCCUGUUAGGUUUGGGUUGAAUAAGAAUUUCCCGCCUACGGUUCUUGUGCAUGGAGAUACGGAUGAGUUGGUUGGGAUUGAGCAGAGUGUUGCUGUGGCUGAAGCUUUGGAGGAGCUUGGGGUUGAUGUUUCGUUUGAGCGUGCGGAGGGACAGGGACAUGGGUUUGAGGCGAAGGAGGUUAUUGAUUUAGAUGCGGAUGAGCUAGUGGGAGAUAAGGCUGUGAUUGAUCCGCUCAGAAGGGUUAUUGCUCACCUUGAAAGACAUGUUCAAUGA